ACAGCGCUUGCUUAACGGCCGUAAACCCCCCGUAACAUGUCGUAAACCCGAUUUGUAUCUGUUGUUGUUAAAGAAGUAAACGGUUUUUGCCAUUGAUAUCCAAACUGCGGUGUAUCUCGAGUUUUGAACUAUGAUAAUAGUUGCGCUGGCAGCGCCUCCACUCGAGCCGGUACAUUUAAACAAUAUGGUGGACGGCGUGUAGGCUUUGAGGAGCCAGAAGAUGAGUUGAUCCCCAUCUAAACAAGCUCGAAAAAAUGGCAACAUACAACGCCGACGGACAUUCUGUUGUGGUGGAAUUGAGUCCAGACAUCCAUAUAUGUGGCUUCUGCAAGCAGCAGUAUAAUAAUUUUGAGGUCUUUCUCGCCCAUAAGCAAAAUGGAUGCUCCCUACCAACCUCUGACACACCAGCUACCACUGCAACCACCACUCUCACAGAUUCCAGCACCGAGUUUGUUUUCGAGGAAACCUACCAGACGUGUGUUAUGAGAGGUGUUAAAAAGAUCCUGACCAAAGCACAGAAAACACCUUCCAAAAAAUUAAAACCUUCCCUGACUUCAAAGAGACACAGCUGCUGCUUCUCAGGUUGCACUUUCAAGACGCAGUAUGGCCAAAAAGACAUGGAGAGGCAUCUCAAAACCCACACCGGUGAGAAGCCAUUUGAAUGUGAGCUGUGCCACAAACGCUUCAGCCGGCGGGACAAGCUCAACAUGCACAGCCGCUCACACACGGGCGAGAAGCCGCACAAGUGUAAGCACUGUCCCUACGCAGCAGCAGACAGCAGCAGUUUGAAGAAGCACCUGCGAAUCCACUAUGAUGAGCGGCCGUUUAAGUGCCAGAUCUGUCCUUACGCCAGCCGCAACUCCAGCCAACUCACUGUCCACCUGCGCUCGCACACUGGGGAUGCACCUUUCCAGUGCCAACAGUGUGAUGCAAAGUUCAAAAUUAACUCGGACCUGAAGAGGCACGUCCGGAUUCACUCCGGGGAAAAACCAUACGAGUGUAACUUUUGUGAGUACCGCUGCGCCAUGAAAGGCAACCUGAAAUCUCACGUUCAGCUCAAGCAUGGCACCGAGAACUCCUUCCACUGUGAGCACUGUGACUUCCAGUGUGCCAGCAAGGCUGCCCUGCGAGAGCACACGCGAGAACACCAACCCAUUCAGCCCAUCCAGUGUUCCGAGUGCACUUACUCCUGCGCCAGCAAGGGGGCGCUCAAAGUCCACGAGAGGGUCCACUCAGAGGAUCGCCCCUUUAAAUGUGACUUCUGCAACUUUGCCUCCAAGCAGCGCAGCAACCUCGUCAUCCACAAAAGGAAGUGCCACUCGGAUAAGCCUGAAAAGGGCGGAGGUGGCAGGGGGGGAGGGAAAAGUGGAGGAGGGGACUCUCCAAAGCCGGUGGGCUCCAGGUACCGGGCCAAACUAGAAGCGGCUCGAGCGUUCUGCUGUGACUCGUGCAACGCUUCCUUUGUGAGAGAAGACUCCCUGCGGAGCCACAAGAGGCAGCAUCGAGACUCACAGAAUGUGUAUCAGCUCCAGCUCUCCGCCCCAGCGGAUGUCCACUUGGUUCCUGUGACAACGGCGCAGAGCAACACCCAGCUUGAGGUUCCUAUCCCGUCUGACUCAAUGGCUCCUUACAGCAGUGCGCAGCUCAAAAUCCUUGUAUCUCAACCUCUGGGCCAGGAGAACCCCUUACUUUCAGGUGGUGUGGAUGGUUCGCAUAAGACCAGCAUGGUCCUGCUCAGCCCAGAAAGCCAGGACAUGGUCGUCCACUCCAUGAUCCAGCAGGUGAACUUGCUCGCACCAAUGCAACCCCUCGGGUCGUGCCAGACUGCAGAGGCCGCCCUAGAAACUCAGACGGUGCUGUUGACGCAGCUCGGCCCCGGUGACACCAACAACCCGCUCCACCAGGCCCUGCUGCAGACCGCCAUCACCGCUCAGGACGCCAGCAGCGGCACGCAGACUUUCAUCACCACCUGCUCAGAGCUGGAGGGCCUCAACGCCUUGAUCCAGGAAGGUGGCACGGAGGUGACAGUGGUGACAGAAGGGAACGCCGCCAUGGCGGCGACAGCAACUCCAGCCAACGUGAUGUGUGGUCCAUCGGAGGACAUGUCGAAGCCAGCAGGGGCAGUUGCGGUCGGGGGGAGUGCCUUACCCUGUGAGGAAAGUGUGUUGCUGGUGCCAAACAUCAGCCUUUGCAGCCAGAACGUGGUCAUCCACGGUGUUCCACUCAUCGUGUCCACUCGGCCGCAGCAGACGAUAGAGCAGCUCUCUCCUCACGCACUGUACUCCGAUACACACACACUGGAAGACAUCCCACAGUGAGUGGGGGGGCUUGGUGUGUUUUCCUGAAAAUUGAAAGACUGUAAACGGCAUCAUAAGCUAUUUCUUUGCCAGUAUGAACUCUUCGGCCUAAAGGUUACAUGUGUGCAGGCUGUUACCAAUAACUGCUUUUUUUUUGUUUCUAGCCAUUUAAACAAGUCAUUUUCAAUUUCAAUUCAAUUCAGUUUAUUUUGUAUAGCCCAAAAUCACAAAUUACAAAUAUGCCAUCAGGAAAAACUGAAGAAAAAAUAAUGGUAAAAAAAAUAAAUAAAGUAAUGGUUUUUUCGUUUGAGCACAAUAGUACAGAGAAACCGUUGCAUACUCUAUAUGCAAGGGUUAUUUUUAGAGGCAUCACAAUUUGGAAAUGUGAAUAAUAAAAAAAGACUUUAAAUGUAAUUAAUUAUUCAUUUAAAAGGGAGGUUUAUUUUUAGCAUCUUCAGGAAGAAAAAAAAGGAAUGAAGAAGAAGCCUGGACAUGAAAUUGAACAUUGUUUGUGCCACAGACUUCUCCAAAUUGUCCAGUAGGUGGCAGCAGAGUGAUACGAGUGGCGGGGAAGCUCACUCUGAAAUUGUGGCGUGUUGCAGUAUUAAUAAUGCAUAUUCUGUAUGUGUAGCUUUUUUUUUCUUUUAGAAAUGAAGCAUUUUCAAGUCCUCAUUUUGAAUCCAUAAUGUGGCUGUUUUUUGGGAGAAAACAUUAGAUUGCAUAUGAAGGUCAUAGUUUUGAAAAGCCAAGUUACUCACCCAAUAGAUUUUUCAAUAAAGUGCCUGUCCUGCU